GCUAAAAAGCAUCUUCAAUCCAAUCAAGUAUUAACAGUGGAAUUCGAAGCCAAUAAACUUCCUUCAUUGGAAAAUAUUAAGACUGAAGUUGGGGAUGAUCCCUUGUGUACUCCUGCGACUAUCGCAAACGCCACUUUAAUUAGUAAUUUUGGGGCUUCGACUAGUGGAAUUGGAGCUUCAAUUAGCGGAUUUGGAGCUUCGACUAGCGGAAUCGGAGCUUCACCUAGCAGAAUCGGAAAUUCAACUAGCGGAAUUGGAGCUUCAACAAGCGGAAUUGGAACUUGGACUAGCGGAUUUGGAGCUUCGGCUAACGACAUGGAGGCUUCUACAAGUGGAAUUAAUGCUUCGACUAGCGAAAUGGAGACUCCGACUAACGGCAUUGGAAAAUCGAUUAGCGAAAUGGACAUUCCGAGUCGUGGAAUUGAUGCUUCGACUAACGAAAUAGGGGCUUUGAUUAGCGGAACCGAGGCUUCGGCUAGUUCAAUACACGAGGAGUAUGAUAUAAUAAUUAAAGAAGAACCAGAAGUAUCAGAAGAAAUCGAGGAGCCUGCGCCUGUGGAGUCUGCGCCUCUGGAACUUUACGUGGGUCGAAGGGUAGUCGCCAUUACAUAUUUCCUGGCGCAGUUAAAGAAGAUCUCAAGCCAUAGUCCUUCCUGUGGCUUUGGUAGGUUUUUCUGUAUAUUGUAUUCGGCUAUUAUAUCCGAGUUUCUUCUAUGUGUUGUUAGGCUUAUGGCUUUUCCCUUUAGGCUCAAUUUAUAUUGCGGCCUUCGCGCCACUUCGCCACUUGAAUACGCGAGCAUGCACAAGAAUUCCGCAGAAGACGCGUGACGUGAUUUUUGGCUCGUAUCUAGUACGUUGACCAUAAAGUCCAUUAUGCUAUGUAAAAUAUCGUUUCAAAAAUUCGCUAUUAUUCCGUUUCACCGCAAUAUAAACAGCCUUACGGACGGAUGAAAAUUGCUUGAGCUUUGUUAACUUCCGAGGAAGUUGUUUUGCAUUCUAGCCGAAUUUCUUUUUUUAGUAAUUAGAUCAAGUUUCGGACACCUGAUUUAUUUUCUACUACUUUUUUGUCUGCUAUGUAAAACAAUUGCUGACAUAUAUGAUUUUUUUUAUCACCACCAGCGCCAACCUAAUCAGGAAUCGAAGUGAUCUAUCCGACCAUUUUUCUGAUAAAUAGAUAGAUAGGGAGAACCACCGCAACCAUUAUUCGCUUAAUACAGCUGGAAUUGCUUUGGAUUAUUUACUUUCUAUAAUAUAAAAAAAAAUAGAUUAGAUAGACUAAGAAAACCAUUCAAUCCUUAUCAUAACUAAA